CUAUCCUCUCCAAUUCAUUCAAUCAAAAAUUCAAAAGGGUGAAGUUUCUCCCAAAAUAUUUGUUUGAUUCUAUUCAAUUUUACUCGUUAAAAAUUCACAAAUAUACAUUAGUGAUUGGAUUGCUUUUCAUAUACGUAAUAAUUAUUUGAUAUUAAUCACCAUAAAAAGAAAAUUGUAAAAUGUCUACGCCGCCGCGAGAGACCAUCCAAAAGCAAAUCCAGCAGGAUUGGGCGAAUAGAGAAUACAUCGAAGUUAUUACAGGAAGCAUAAAGAAAAUUACCGAUUUCCUAAACUCUUUUGAUAUGUCCUGCAGAUCACGUUUGGCCACUUUGAAUGAGAAACUCACAUCUUUAGAAAGGAAAAUUGACUAUUUGGAAGCCUGUGUAACUAAAGGAGAGACUUUGACAUAGUAAUUAAAGAUUUUUUUUUGUUUAUUAAUUACAAUAAAAAUAUGUUAUGUAUUAUA